AUGCCUUCAAAAACUCUCCCAGUUGUCCAGGUAAAGCCUCUACUUAAAGGCUCUCCCGAAUACGAAGCAGGGCGGGCAGCUGUUCUUGAAGAGUUUGCCGCCAAGGUGCCGGAUAACCUUCGACUUCCUAUUGAGCUCAUCAACAACCCUUCCAAGAAUGUCACCGGCGUUCCCAAAGAAUCUGGUCUUCUGACCCCCGAAGAACUCGCCAUCACUGAGGAAUACGAUGCCACUGCUCUGGCAGGUCUCAUCGCCUCGAAGAAAUUGACCGCGGUAGCUGUCGCUACAGCGUUUUCCAAGAGAGCCAUCAUCGCGCACCAGUUGACAGGCUGUCUGACCGAAUGGUUCAUGGAUGAUGCCAUUAAGCAAGCCAAACGCUUGGAUGAGCAUUUGCAAUCCACGGGAAAGACAAUCGGCCCCCUCCAUGGCGUCCCGCUCAGCGUCAAGGAACACUUGCCUUUGGCCGGCCACUAUUCUAGCAUUGGCCUUUAUGAUACAAGAGUCAAAGACGAACAAGAUUGCCACAUAGUAGCAGCCCUGAGAGAUGCUGGUGCUGUCUUUUACUGCAAAACCAACAUGCCUCAAGGUAUAAUGCAUCUCGACACCUCCUCCUCAUGGGGCCGUACCUUGAAUCCUCACAACAUUCAUCUGUCGGCAGGAGGAUCUACUGGAGGAGAAGCUGCUCUGAUAGCCAUGCGAGGAUCUGUCCUCGGUAUGGGCUCCGAUAUUGGAGGAAGCGUCCGGAAUCCAGCUGCUGCCUGCGGUAUCUAUGGCUUCAAACCCACGUCAUGUGUUGUCCCGAGAAAAGGACUUAUAGCUGGUGGAGCAAUAGCAGAACUCAACAUCUUGACCACCGCCGGUCCCCUGUGUACAUCCCUUAGAGACCUGGACCUCUUCAUGUCCGUAUUACUGGGCUCGAAGCCGUAUCUGGUGGACCCUAGCCUUGUUCCCAUCCCCUGGACCGGUCUCAAAUCUUUACCACAACCUAAGCCUUUGAAGAUUGGAGUCAUGAUGAACGACGGCGUUAUUGUUCCGCAACCACCUGUGAUCCGAGCUCUCAAAUGGGCGGUUGAAAAGCUAAAAGCAUCAAACAACUUCUCCAUCAGGACAUUCGAGCCAUACAACAUGACCAAAGCAAUCAACAACGUCAUCCUCGCAUACUGGCCCGACGGCGGCAACGGCAUAAAGAAGCAUCUCACAGCUUCAGGCGAGCCCCUGCUUCCCUUGACAAAAUUGGUCAUCCAAGCCGCCGAGGGCCCGGAGCUGACGCCGUACCAGAUUCUGGCGCAGCACCGCGAGCGCGACCAGUUCCGCGUCGACUUUGCGCGCCACUGGGAGUCUCAAGAUGUGGAUUUUGUCAUUUGCCCGGCCUUUUUUGGUCCUUCAUGCGAACACGAAAUGUCAUAUUACCCCAACUACACUGCUUUUUGGAACUAUGUCGAUUAUCCCGGUGUGGUGGUGCCCACGCCGAUCAGGGCCGGUAAGAAGGGGGUAGAGGGAUAUGCUGCUGAUGCGCCUGCGCCUUUGACCAAAGAUGAUGAGCACGUACGGCAGAUGUGGGAGGAGGGCGACUUUGAGGGGGCACCGGUAAAUCUGCAGAUUGUAGCGAGGAAGUACCAUGACAAUGACUUGUUUGCGGCGUUGGAGAAGAUGCAGUGGGUUUUGGAGUUGCCAUAG